AUGGAUACCUCACCAUAUUGGCACUGUGUUUUGUCGUCGGUGAGGCGCAAAUGCAAAGCCGAACGGCAACUGAGAGUCGAGCAGCUGAGAAGCAGGAAUUUGGCCAACAAGGACAGAUUGCCACCGAUCAUGGACAUGGAUUCUAGAUGGUUAUUUUCAUAUUGCGGUGCGAUUCAACGAGCCACACCUCCGAAAAUCGGACCCCGUAGUAAAUACGACAAUCAUUGCUACGACGACGAUUUUGCGGACGAGUGGUCUUGGAUGCCGCCGCUACACAUCGCUCUGUUCCGCCGAGAUAAAAGCGUCGUCGAGUCGCUGCUGAGGCAAGGCGCCGAUCCUAAUUUGCGCGACAAGUACGGACAGACGCCUCUGCACGUCCUCUCCUGGUGCUUGGACGACGACGACGAAUUCGCCAAGAAAUUUUUCGAAAUCGUCGACGGAACCGUCGACGUCGAAACGGGUCGUCGUCAGUGGGUGUGGGUCGACGUCGCGGAAAACAACGGCGGCACGGCGCUGCACUGCGCCGCGUUCUGCGGACACUGGAAGAUGGCCGAGCUGCUGCUGAGCCGAGGCGCCGACCCGAACGUGGCCAACGACGCGGGAUUCACCCCUCUGAAUUGGAUCUGCCGGCAUCACGAUUACGCGGCGGCGAAGCGAUUCUUCGAGAUCGCCGACGAGACGCGUCAGGGACCAGUCAGGGUCGACGUGGCCGACAAUUGGGGCUGGACGCCGCUGCACUACGCGAUGCUGCGCGAGGACCUGGACAAGGCCGAGCUGCUGCUGAGCCGAGGCGCCGACGCGAAUUCGCUCAACAGGCUGCGCGAGACGCCUCUGCACGUGCUCUGCAAGUACUCGAGCGCGGACGAGGCGCGAGUCGUCGAGAGAUUCUUCGAGAUCGUCGACGCGACGGGGGGACAGGAGGUACGGUUGGACGUCGUGGACAGCUGGUGUACUUUCACGCCACUGGACUGGGCUCUGUUUUGCGGACACGAUAAAGUGGCCAAAGUACUGCUGAGCAGAGGCGCCAGCGCGAAUUUGGCCGCCGAGUUCGGAUUGCCUCCUACGAAUUAA